GACGCCGGCGGAAGUGUAUUCCUUAGCCAUGGCGGGAAGACCCUCCUGAUGUAGCGCAUGUCAACAACCGGACCCUGCCUAACAAGACGAAUCUAUAAAGGAUAUCUUUUAGCAUUUCUGCACGCUGUUGCUCCAGCUUUGGGAUAUCGUAUUGUGACUGAGUUCGUGUUAACAGCUGUUGUUGCACAGGGUGUUUCUGCUGCUCUGACCAAAUCCAAGAGAUCAUGCAGGCGUUUCUGAAAGGAACAACUGUCCAGUCGACCAGACCUCAGAAAGACAAGUCAGCAGCAGGGACCAGCUCAGAGAAGAAAGCCAAGGCAGUUCCCUGGGUAGAGAAAUACAGGCCAAAGUGUGUUGAUGAAGUGGCCUUUCAGGAGGAGGUGGUAGCAGUGUUGAAGAAGUCUCUGGAAGGAGCAGAUCUUCCAAACUUGCUUUUUUAUGGACCUCCUGGAACAGGAAAAACCUCGACCAUCUUAGCUGCUGCCAGAGAACUUUAUGGUCCGGAACUGUACAGGCAGAGGGUGCUGGAGCUCAAUGCCUCUGAUGAACGAGGUAUCCAGGUUGUCAGACAGAAGGUCAAAACCUUUGCUCAGCUCACUGUGGCUGGCACUCGCUCAGAUGGAAAGUCUUGUCCUCCGUUCAAAAUCAUCAUCCUGGAUGAGGCGGACUCAAUGACGGGACCGGCUCAGGCUGCUCUCAGACGGACGAUGGAGAAGGAGUCCCGAACCACUCGCUUCUGCCUAAUUUGUAACUACAUCAGCAGGAUCAUUGAGCCUCUGACCUCCAGAUGUUCCAAGUUUCGAUUCAAACCACUAGCCAAUAAGAUCCAAGAGGAGCGCCUGCUGCAGAUCUGUGAAAAGGAGAAUCUUAAGUUCACUACAGAGAGUAUAGCAGCAUUGGUGAGGGUGUCCGAGGGAGACUUGCGGAAAGCCAUCACCUUCCUUCAGAGUGCUGCACGCCUCAACGUGGACAAGGAGAUCACAGAGCGCUGCAUCACUGAGAUCGCUGGGGUCGUUCCUCAAAAAAUGAUCGACAGCUUGCUCCAGAUCUGCUUCAAAGGGACGUUUGAGAAACUAGAGGUUGCAGUCAGGAACAUGGUGGAUGAAGGCUAUGCAGCCACACAGAUCCUGAGUCAGCUCCACGAGGAAAUCAUAGAGCACGACAUGAGUGACAAGCAGAAGUCAGCCAUCGCAGAGAAGAUGGCGGUUGUGGCGAAAUGCCUGUCGGACGGUGCAGACGAGUACCUGCAGAUGUUGAGUCUGUGCUCAGUCAUCAUGCAGCAGGCCUCCCAGAACAACUAAAAAUUCUCUGAGAGAAUGACAACAUCACCUCCAGUGGGACCAGCAGCCUCACUGAGACAUUAGCACUUCCCUCAGAUCCUUCUGGGUUUGUUCACAGCUGCUGUUUAAGACUUCCUUCUGUGAAUCCAGGAUGGCAGUGAUGUUUGCUGUCAGAAAGAACUAAUGGGUGUCUCUUUCUGUAAUUUGAUGUAUCCCUCUACUCUAGAAGAAGCACUUGAAAGCUAAGUGAACAUGCUGUCCAAACCUCCGCUACUGUUGAAAAACCAAGCACAUGCAUCUGUAUUUCUUCUCAUUUACUUCACUUACCAACAGAUCUUUGUACAGUUUUGCAUUUUGGAAAAUAAUAAAUAGAUUUUGUCUUUUCA